CAAGAUUUAUACGUCAUCACGAAAGACCUUUCUUCCUCGUGUCACAACAUGGUCGACUUUGAAAAUAUUCUAGUAGAAAUGACAGCUACCGAUUGAAAAUUAGCGUCAAAUCUUCGCAUCCUGGCGCACUGCAACAAUGCCACGCUACGAACUGGCUCUUAUCCUGAAGGCGAUGACGCGCCCAGAGACAGCAGCGGCUCUCCGGCGGACAGUGGAGACUUUAAUGGAGCGGGGUGCUGUGGUGAGAGACAUGGAGAAUCUUGGAGAGAAACUCUUGCCUUAUGUGAUAACCAAACACAACCAGAGACACCGCCGAGGAUCAUAUUUUCUGAUUGACUUCUACGCGGCUCCCAGCAUCCUCACGGGCCUUACCAAUCACUUACACCGUGACGUGGACGUGGUGAGGCCCACUGUGUUGAAGAAGGACACGCAGAAAUCCAGUCAAACAUGCUGUGGCACCCAGCAGUGAUGGAACGUGUUUACAGUUCAUAUCCUGAGGAUGUAAUGUAUGCUGAAUCUUUGACCUCUUCCAUGGCCAUUGGAUUGAAUUUAUCUGAUUUGUGAUAAUGAUGAUAAUAAACAACGUUUUUUUUUUAUUUUGGUGGAAAUAUGUGAAGCUUUUACUAUCAGACAUUAAAACAACAUUAAAAAAAACACUUGUACUGUAGCUACAUGGGUAUGUAUUGAAAUCAUUCACUUUCAUUGAAGUUGUAUGUGAAUAUAGUCACAUUUAACAUGCAGUGCUAUUCUUGUGACUCCAUGUAUUAAAUGCCUUUUGUUUUCUAUUCAGAAAUUAAUGUUACCAUAAAAGAGACAGGACAGUGUUGGUUAGUGUGGCUUGCAUGUGUGCCAGGUUCUGGAUUUGGUUUUUCUCCCGGUACACAGGCUACUUAAAUAUCAACACGUUAUGUUUGUUGUGCAUUUGAAAUCAAAUACAGCAAAGUUAGCAAGCCGCCUUGAAAAACAUCACAAGCUGCCUUGACAAACAUCAGAAGGUCAAAGAGAAAAGGUCAAUAUGUUUUAAUUAUUGUCUUCUAUACACAUGAGCUCAGCAGGUUAACUCUUGACAAUUAUAUUUCUAUGAACUGAUAGUUCUCAUUUAUCUCAACUUUAUAAUUUAUUUAUAUUUAUCUUAUGAACGACAAUAGCAUAUCUACUGUAUGCAAAUGCAUAUACUUCCUUGUUCUCUUAUGCUUUCAUGGCUUACUCUGGGAACUCCAGUUUUCUUCUGCAUGUUGCAAAAAUUGCAUGUUCAAUGUAAACCAUCUAAAAUAUUGAUUAUUAUCGCUACUAA